AUGUAUAUCGGGACGAGUAGUGUAAUAUUUUUUGUGCCGUGUUUCAUAAUUAUUAAAAUAUUUUGUGUUUCCUAUACUGAAGCUCAAAUAUGUAUAAAAACCAAAAUGAGUACCGUAGGGACAGAUUUUAAGACAGCAGUAGAAUGUAUUAGGAGAUCUGGCUCAAAAUGUACGGGUACUAGAACAGUUCGGCGCACGUUCACGAAAAAACUUACUAAACCUGUGAAAACCGCUUAUAAAGACUGCUGUACAGGUUACAUUCAAGAUAAAACUAACGUCAAAACACUCGUCUGUAAACCUGUGUGCCCUAAAGGCUGUCAAAAUGGUUCUUGCCGGAAGCCAAAUGAAUGUGCCUGCAACAAAGGGUAUCGACAAGACUUAAAAAACAAGCACAUAUGUUUGCCAGUUUGUCUUAAAAGUUGCGGGAAAGGCAGUUGUGUCGCACCAGAUACUUGUAAAUGUAAUAGUGGGUAUAACUUCAAAAAUAAAACGUGUGAGCCAAUAUGCACUAAGAAAUGUGUAAAAAGUACUUGCGCAGCUCCUAACACUUGUACAUGUUUGCGGGGGUUUAAAAAGUCAAAAGCAGAUAAUGUUUGUGAACCUGUUUGCUCGCAAGGAUGUGCCCAUGGAACCUGCAUUAAUCCAGAUACCUGCAAAUGUGACAAAGGAUUCAAACUAACUUUAAUUAAAGGAACUAAAAAAAGUAACUGUCAACCAGUGUGCAGUAAGCCUUGUUUAAAUGGCACUUGUAUCGCGCCAGACACUUGCAAGUGCUUACCAGGAUAUGAAGUGUCAGACAAAUAUAACUGCAAGCCUCAUUGCUCUAGCGGGUGUCUUCACGGCAGCUGUGUAAAACCAGAAACUUGUUUUUGUAAUAAAGGAUGGAAGUUGACAGUCUCAAAACCUAACAAAAGCUGUGAACCGAUAUGUACAAAGCCUUGCGAAAAUGGUAAAUGCAUAGCUCCAGACACCUGCCAAUGUUUACCAGGUUAUAUUAAGUCCAAGAAUAAAGUUUGUACCCCUCAUUGCUCUAAAGGGUGCAGCCAUGGAAUUUGUACCAAGCCAGAAGUAUGCACUUGUGGUAAAGGAUACCAACUGGAUGCAGCGAGUGGAUCAAAAAUUAAAGCAUGUCAACCAGUUUGUAGCAAAGAGUGCGUGAAUGCUACUUGCACAGCACCAAAUACUUGUACAUGUUUGACGGGCUAUAAAAAGUCUACCAGUGACAUUUGUAAACCUUAUUGUUCAAGUGGUUGUCCUCAGGGUACUUGUGUCGCCCCAGAAACUUGUGUCUGCGAUAAAGGCUGGAAAUCGAUAAUUACAAAAACCAACAAUACCUGUGAACCGAUAUGUACAAAGCCUUGCACAAAUGGUAAAUGCAUAGCUCCGGACACCUGUCAAUGUUCACCAGGUUAUUCAAAGUCCGAGAAUAAUGUUUGUGCCCCAUAUUGCUCUAAAGGAUGUAGUCAUGGAACUUGUACUAAGCCAGAAAUAUGCACUUGUGACAAAGGGUACCAGUUAAGUGCAGUAAACGGAUCAAAAAUGAUUACGUGCCAACCAGUUUGUAACAAGAUAUGUGUAAAUGCUACUUGCACGGCACCUAAUACUUGUACAUGUUUGACGGGAUAUAAAAAGGCUACCAAUAAUAUUUGUAAACCUUAUUGUUCUAAUAGAUGUCCUCACGGUACUUGUGUCGCCCCAGAAACUUGUGUCUGCGAUAAAGGCUGGAAAUCGAUAAUUACAAAAAACAACAAUUCCUGUGAACCGAUAUGUACAAAGCCUUGCACAAAUGGUAAAUGCAUAGCUCCGGACACCUGUCAAUGUUCACCAGGUUAUACAAAGUCCGAGAAUAAUGUUUGUGCCCCAUAUUGCUCUAAAGGAUGUAGUCAUGGAACUUGUACUAAGCCAGAAAUAUGCACUUGUGACAAAGGGUACCAGUUAAGUGCAGUAAACGGAUCAAAAAUGAUUACGUGCCAACCAGUUUGUAACAAGAUAUGUGUAAAUGCUACUUGCACGGCACCUAAUACUUGUACAUGUUUGACAGGAUAUAAAAAGUCAAAUGAGAUCAAUUCUACUAGCGAUGUAUGUGAACCUGUAUGUACAGAGCCUUGCAAAAAUGGUAAAUGUAUAGCUCCAGAGACUUGUGUAUGUUCACAAGGUUAUAUAAAGUCAAAAAAUAAUGUCUGCAACCCACAUUGCUCCAAAGGAUGCAACAAAGGAAUCUGUACUAAACCUGACACAUGCAUAUGUCAUAAAGGAUGGCAGUGGGCUCUAGUAAAUGAGUUUAAAAAUGGUACGUGUAUGCCAGUUUGUAACAAAAUAUGUGUGAAUAGUACAUGUGUGGCACCAGAUAUUUGUGAAUGUUUACCAGGAUAUAAAAAGUUAACAACAAAGAACACCGCCAGUGAUAUAUGUGAGCCUUAUUGUUCUGAAGGAUGUUCCUAUGGAAAUUGUGUUAGUCCAGAAACUUGUGUAUGUGAUCAAGGAUGGAAAUUACCAGAGUCAAAACUCAGUAAAGCCUGUCAACCAAUAUGUACUAAGCCCUGCAUUAAUGGUGUUUGCGUCGCACCCGAUACGUGUGACUGUUUAAGAGGAUUUGAAAAACUAAGACAGAGCAAACUAGUCAAUAAUAUUUGCAAGCCAUCUUGUUCUAGUGGUUGUUUUCAUGGUACUUGCGUGAGUCCAGAAAUUUGUAUUUGUGAUAAAGGUUGGAGUAUGAAUGUAACAGGGCGAAAUGAAACUUGCUUACCAAUUUGUACUAAGUCUUGUGUAAAUGGGACUUGUGUUUAUCCAAAUGUCUGUGAUUGUCUCCCUGGUUACAAAAAGGUCGAAGAACAUGUUUGUGUACCAUUUUGUUCCGAUGGAUGUCCGCAUGGCAAGUGUGUUGGGCCCGAAAUAUGCAAUUGUGAUUUAGGAUAUUAUAAAAAUAACUUCACGUGUGUGGCUUCUUCUGGCUCUGUGAAAAAUCUGGUAUUUUGGAUAACCUCGAACUGGAUAUUAGUAGCAGUAAUACUCAUAAUAACAGCCAUAGCUCUCGCGUUGUGUGUAUGCAUUAUAUGCCGCAAAUAUUUUAGAACACAUAACGUGAACAACGCCAUGGUUGUCGGAGGACAAGAAAUUAAAAUGAUGGUUCUUCGAAACCCCAAAAUUUUGUAG